CAUUUUUUCCCUCCCCCUAAAACCACUGCUUUUGCAAAGGGGAGGAAUUUUGACUAUAGUUACUCUCAGCCAGAUCAAACAUCUUGCAGUUAAGAAAGGACUUUGGCAUCAGCAAAAUGAGCUGCUAUCGAUUAGCACUUCUUAUAUUCCUGAUCCAGGUGGCCCGAGGCCUCUCAGAAGUCACUGCACCAUGUGAGCCGGGCUUCAGUGAGCAGGGCUAUACAUUCUCUGUGACACGUAAGGUCUUGGAGAGAGGAAGAAUCCUGGGGAAAGUGAAAUUUGAUUCCUGCUCAAGUGCCCCCCGUGCUCUCUUCUUACCGGAAGAUACACGUUUCCGCAUUAUUUCAGAUGGGACUGUAACCGUCAAAAGGCAGAUCACACUUCACAGAGGUUCCACCAGCUUUGUGCUGAAUGCCUGGGAUGUUGGUGGCAAGAAACACUCAGUGCCUAUAUAUGUAUGGAAUGAACAAGAUCAGCAGGUGUCAGCUUGAGAGCAUCCAACGACGACACUUAUUUGUUCAAAAGAAGACUCCUUUCAUAUUAUGCUUGUGCUUUUUUAAUUAAAUAAAUCAUUUGCAAAAUA